AUGCCCCCUCUUUUCCUCCAGAUCGCUGACUCAGAAGAGUACAGAGGAGGGCUUGCAGCAGUUUCUGUAUGUGCUGAGCCGGCAGAGGAGCAUUUGUGGUCAAAUCUAUUCAUGAUGAAAAUAGAACUCAGACACUUAGGUUUUUUUCCUUUUCUUUCUUUCUUUUUUUUGGGGGGGGCGCGUCUUGAGACAGACUUGUUAAUCCUUGUCAAGGAGUUGUAAUUUAUAAACUUUUAAAAACAAGAUGGUAUGGUGGGAAAAAUUUUACUUCCAUGUACAAUAAAAAGUAUCUUUUACACAAGAGGCAGGUUCUGGUGUUCUCCUCUGUGGUGCAAACAGGACUAGGAGUCACCAGAGGUGGUUAUAGGUAUGUCCCGAGAUGGUUAUUCUUCUCCUGUCCUGAGAGAUUCCCCCUAGAAGUGACUGCAGUGAAACUUUGCUAUCUGAGGACAAAUUCUUCUUUUUUUAAUUCAGGGGUGUUGGUGGAUUUUAGCAAACCUGGUUAUUUUCAGAGUCAGUUUCAACCUGUUUUGACCUACAACACCAUCUUUUGUCAGACGUUCCAGGUUCAGGCUGCAUUGGGAAGUGUCUGAGCUGAUGAGUGAGACUUGAAUGUACAGUCAUUGUUGGCCAGUCUUGCACGUUAUUACAGUACAGAUUAGAGCAGUCUUUGCUAACCUGGUGCGCUCCAGAUGUUGUCGGACCAGGAACUCCAGUCCUGCAACGUCUGGAGGGCCACAGGUUCCCCAUCCCCAGUGUAGACAAUUUUGAGCUAGGUGGGCCAGUUGCUUGCAGUUUCCUCUGUUUCCUGUGAUAAGAUAUUAGUAAUGCCAAGGGCAAAUACAAAUAUAUGUAUUGAUUGGUAAUAGGUAACAGAACAGACAAAAAAGUUCCAUGCUUCAGUGAUAUGGGACCCUGUGGCCCUCCAGCUGUUGUUGGACUAUUUGCUGGUGUUGAUGGGAGUCCAGCAACUUCCAGAAGGCCAUAAGUUCCACAUCCCUGCUUUAAUUUAUGGAAUUCAGUGACCCAAAGUGUGGUGAGGGCCAUAGACUUAGGCCCCAUCUGCACGUACAUUUAAACCACUUUAAACAAGCUUCGUCCCCACCCCCAAAAAAAUCAUUGGAACUGUAGUUUGUUAAAGGUCCAGAGAGUUGUUAGGAGACCUCUUUUUGCUCCACAGAACUACAAUUGCCAAAGUUCAAUGGGAAGAGGGAUUGACUGUUAAACUACUUUGAAAAUUAUAGCUCUGUGGCAGGGUCUCCUAACAACUCUUUGCUAGAUAGAGUCUGCUGACUAGGAGCAGCUCUCCAGCAGUUAGGUUUUAGGUUAGGCUGAAAAUUAGUAACUGGCUCAAGGGUCAUGUGAGUUUGAGAGAAUGCCUCUUCUGAAAAGAGCCCUUCUGGGACAGCCAUCUACACAUAAUUCCCCCACCCCUGAAUUGUUUGCUCUAUUGACAGCAAAUUUGUGCUGAUUCAUUAAUCAACAAAAGUUCCUGUGAUUAAUUGGCGUAAGAUGGCAACCCUAAAUUUGCACAGUCCUUACUGGAAAUAAGGCCCAUUAGGGACAAUUAUAAGUCCUACUCUGAGUAGAUUCACUGAAAUGCAUGGGCAUGACUAGCUUAGGUCCAUUAACUUCAGGAGGGCCUGCUCUGAACUUAGGUGGGGACAACCAAGUGGUACUUGCUUCUUUUGCAUAAACGUGCUUAGGGUUGUGCCCUAAGAUGACUUCCAUUGAGUGACAUUUCAUGCUUUAAAAGUGGAGUAAAUCUCACUACUGCUAACAGGUACCACUCAAGGGUUGGAGAAGGGCUGUGGCCCAUUGUUGGAGCACCUGCUUUGCUUGGAGCAAGUUUCCAAGUUCAGACUUUGGCAACUCCACUUAAAAGGCUGAAUCCCUGGAGAUCUGCUGCAGGUUCUGUAAGAGCAGAUGUGGGGAAACUUUGGCCUGCUGGAUGUUGCUGAACUACGACUCCCACCAGCACCAGCAAGCAUGGCCAAUGGAUAGGGAUGAUGGGAGUUGCAGUUCAGCAAGGUCUGGAGGGCCAAAGGUUUCUCACAUCUGUGUUAAGAGAGUACUAGGUUUGACAGAACAGCCUUAAUGUUCUAGCAAACCAUGUCUGAAUUAGGCCAUAAGGUGUUACCAGAGGGACUGCAGCUGAGUGUUAAACAGAGGAAGCUGCCUUAUACGGAGACAGACAAAUGGUCCAUCUAGCUCAGCAUUGUUUACACUGGCAGGCAGCAGCUCUUUGUAUCAGGUAGAGUCACUGCCAGCCCUGUGUGGAGAUGCCAGUGAUUAAACCUGGGAUCUUCUGCAUGCAGAACAGAUAUCCCAGUAUCCUCUUCUAAAAACAGCCACAAAGAAUGCUGGUAAGCCAAACCCGAUGCAAUUGUUCUGUGCAGGGCCUUUGGUUUCUGCCUCAAUACACUGCUCUGCCACUUUGCUAUGGUCCUUAAAGCACCAGUUUUGGCAGCAGAAGGUCCCAGCUUAAGUCUCUAACAUUUCCAGGUAGGCUUGAGAGAAACUCCUUGCCUGAAACCUUGGAGAGCUGCUGGGGAUCCUGGUGCCUUCCAGAUGAUGUUGGACCCCAACUCCCAUCUGCCCCUGCCAGCCAUAGCUAAUAGAGCUGAUGGGAGUUGUAGUCCCAACAAAAGGGAUCUUUGCGACCCCUAGUCUAGAGAAACCAUUGAGCGAAUGGUUUGACUGGUUAUAUAAGGCAGCUCUCUAUUCCUCUUCCUCCAGCAAAUCUCGUGGGGGAAAUAGAAAAAAUAGGCAAGAAAAAAUGAAUGCACCAAACUACUCAAGGCAGGGCUUUUGUUCGUGCUAAUGUCUGUUACCACGCGGCAAGAGAACAUUGGCCUGGUGCGUUUGCUGUGCCUGACUUGAGAUUUUUGUGUCCACAGAGGCGGAAGACGAAAGAAGAACGGCCUUUAAAAAGGCAGCUGCUCAAUAAAACUACAUUUCCCAAGAGCCUUUGCGACACCGUUUUUCAAAGGAGCCAAUCGGAGACAGCCUUGGUGGGCCGAAGCUAUAAAAGGCCGUGCCGGAGGGGUGUUCUUUCUUUCUCCCACCCCCUUCCGUUAGCAUGUGGUUCCAUGGACGGAGGUUAGUUAUUUUCUGUUAUCUAAAAGCGGGCGGGGGGGGUGCUAUGCAAUCGGUCGCCAUCCUCCACCGUUUGGGGGGUGAUUCCUACUUGGACUCUUGAUAGCGCUACUGGAGGUUUUGUGCUGCCUAUUUCGGAGUGGAUUUUGAUAGCCAGCCCAGGGACACGAUCGCCAGGCGUGGUUUUUGAGCAGCUGCAAUAUUGGCGGCUCCCUGGGCCGCCACCCGUGUAAGAAUUCCUGCACCCGGUGCCUGGCGUGGGUUAGAGAUCAUGCGGGAAAGGGAGUCGCGUGUGUCUCGUCUGCUUCGUUGUAGCCUUAGGAUCGGAAGCCCGAAAGGGCGCCGUUGUUGGGGGCGCACCCCAUCCAAGCUUAAAACGGUCCAGAGGUGCAUUAAAAGCUCAUCAACUGUUUAAAGCAGUAUCAUACUGGGUGAAAUAUGUACGUCACCUUGAGCUCCUUUGAGAAGAAGGUAGGAAACAAAUGCAAUAAAUAAAUAGAAAUAAUAUACUAUUUUAAGCCCCCGCUCCCUGAUUGGUUUAACAAGCAAUCCAGAAUUCCCUGGGAGGUGGGGAGUUGUAUUUCUGCAAGGGGAAUAGGGUCUUUUAACAACUCUCAAGCGUCCUCAACAAACUACAGUUCCCAGAAUUCUUUAGGGGAAGCUGUGGCAGUUUAAUGUGGUCUAUUGCCUCUUUAAAUGUAUGGUGCAGGUGGAGCCUAAAAUCUGGCAUUUAAGGGGCGAGAUUCCUGCAUUGCGGGGGGAGGGGUUGGACUAGAUGACCCUCGUGGUCCCUACCAAAUCUACAGUUUUAUGAUUCUUUUAUUCUAGUCCACAAGCUUGUAGCAGUAUUUAUUUUGAAUGCUUGUUACAAUACACACGGUGGAACUGGAGGUGGCGUACGUUGUUUGGAGCCUAGUGUAGUCUGCUCUUGAGAUGAUCAGAGGCCUUUCCUAAUAUGCACCUGCUCCUUUUGGCAGGAGAUGCUGAAGAUUGAACUAGGCAAAUGGCAGUAGCUGCACGGGGCAGCAUGCAUUCUACAUGCAAAAGAUGACAGGUUCAAUCCUUGGCAUCUCUGGGGUGUGUGUGUGUGUGUGUGUAUAAAGACUCCAUUCUGAAACCCUGCAGAGAAGCUGUCUUGUCUGUAAUAGGCAUUGCUGAGCUAGGUGAGCUAGAACUCUAUUAAUCACUCUGCACCUUUAAUGAGCUACAAUUCUCAGGAUUCUUCAAGGGAAGCCAUAUUUAAGGUCAUGAGCCUGCUUUGAAUGCAUAGAGCAGAUGAGGCCUUUGUUCCUUAAGGCUGCAGAUCCUGGGUCUAAAGAUUUGUAUAGUACUGCAGCUUCUGGAAAUUCCAAUAGAGCAGCUUAGGAUGUGUUGUGCUUCCAUCCAAGCAUUUUGCCCUCUCUCCUUUGCCCCCCCCCCACCUCAUUUUGCUUUUACUGUAUUUUUAUUUUGGCUCCUGUCAUUUUGAGUUGGGAAGCUGAUCCAUAAAUGCAGUAGUCUUGUGGGCGGGGAAUGAGAGACUAUUUUUCACUGUCUCCCAAUUUGCACUGCUUGAAUUGUGUGUCAGAGUAACUAUUCUGUAGGUACACAGCUAUGCGGCACAUUGAUGGGCAAGUGGGGGUGGGGGUUUGAACUUUUCAGUAUUCCUGUUUUCUCCCCCAAGAAUUGCUAGUCACAUGCAGACACUGGUUAUCAGAAACUCCUUUUUAAGUUGCAAUUUUGCCAUUGCAUGGAAAUGAACAAUAUUGCCAGCUCAUUGCUGCAGACCACCUUGCUGCCAAGGCAUAGUGACAGGGGGAAACCCAAGCUGUUGAUGCUCUUUUACUUUAUAGUAGCCUGUUUUUAGAUUUGCUAUGAGAGUGUCCUUAAACCUCUUUCGUUGUCCACCAGUAUUUCGCUUUCCAUUCCUAAGUUGGGAAUAGAGUACAGUGGUACCUCGCAAGACGAAUGCCUCGCAAGACAAAAAACUCGCUAGACGAAAGGGUUUUUUGUUUUUUGAGCUGCUUCGCAAGAUGAUUUUCCCUAUGGGCUUGCUUUGCAAGACGGAAACGUCUUGCAAGUUUGUUUCCUUUUUCUUAACACCGUUAAUACAGUUGCGACUUGACUUCGAGGAGCAACUCAUAGAACGCGGUGUGGUAGCCUUUUUUGAGGUUUUUAAAGAUUUUGGUGAUUUUUGAAGCUUUUCCAGAACUUUCCCAACACCGUGCUUCGCAAGACGAAAAAAAUCGCAAGGCAACAAAACUCGCGGAACGAAUUAAUUUUGUCUUGCGAAGCACCACUGUAGAUGUUUUGGUCGGCAGUAAUCAAGCACCCAAACAACAUGGCCAGUCCAAUGAAGUUGAUGUUGAAGAACCAUUGUUAGACUAGGGCCUGGCUGACCAGGGUUCAAAUCCCUAUUUGGCCCUGAAGCUCACUGGCUGACUUUGGGCUGGUCACUGCCUCUCUGCUUAACCUGCCUCGCAGGGUUGUUGUGGGGAUUGAGGGGGGGGAACCAUUUAUGCCACCUUGAAAAAGGUGGGGGAUAUAAAUGCAAUAAAUGAAUAAGUAUUGGGUCCCCAAGGUGGUAUUCCUGCAGUUUUUCCUUGUGACCUCAUGCUUCUUGCUUUCUGUUUCAGACACGAAUGCAGGGCACUGCAGAAAAGACCAGAAAUGGUUUGCAGAUUGGACUGGCCUUACUGUCUUGCUGCGCUGAGAAUAAAGCAGGUAUCACAACACUGAGCCAUGCCACAGGCUACUGUUUGGGGCAAGUGGAGAAGUGCAUGCUUGGCUGGCUUUGCUUUAGCCCAGCUUUUCCACCCUGCUGCCUUCCAGAUGUUAAAUUACAGCUGCUAUCAUCCCUGAUCAUGACCCAUGUUGUAGGGGGCUGUUGGGAGUUCUAGUCCCAAACAACUGGACGGCACCAGGUUGGGAGCACUGCUUCAUUCAGGGAUGUCUCCUGGAAAACUUGCAUCAAUAAAAAGUGCAGUGUAUAAAACAAUGCUGUUGACAAGAUAACAGCAGCAAUUUCCCCUUUUGUCUUUGCAGAUGACCUGACCAGCAGGCUGACUGUUCUGAUGGCGAGUCUAAACAGGAGCAUGCCUUCAUUUCCAGUAGGCUAA